AUGGAUCCGGCGACCGAUCCCGGAUCCUUUGACUACGUUGAUCACGCGGACGCGGCGACGACGGUGGCGAUGGCGGCGAUGGCGGCGAUAGCUGCCAACGACGGAGCCGCCGACGGUACGAUGAUGAUGGCGGACAACAACUGCACGAACGAGUACUGCGUGACGGACGAAGAGUAUUACGAGAUGAUCUACCGCUACGUCUUCCCGAAGUGGUACGACUGGAUCAUCUUCUGCAUCUACAUGAUCGUCUUCGUCGUCGGCCUCAUCGGCAACUUUCUCGUCUGCUACGUCGUGCUGCGCGUCAAUCACAUGCAGACGGUGACGAACAUGUUCAUUCUCAACCUGGCGGCCGGCGACUUCAUGGUGAUUCUCAUCUGCCUCAUGCCGACGUUGCUAUGGGACACUUGGGAGACGUGGUUUUUCGGAUACGCCCUCUGUAAGCUGGUGCUCUAUCUGCAGAACGUCUCCAUAUCCGUGUCCAUCCUGACACUGAGCGCCAUCGCCGUGGAGCGAUGGUACGCCAUCUGUCAUCCGCUCAAGUUCAAUAGCACGGCGACGCGUGCCAAGCUGAUCAUCGCCUGCAUCUGGAUGCUGAGCUUCAUCAUCAGUGUGCCGGAGCUGGUGGUCAACUACGUGAAGCCGAAGUUCGAGCCGGAGCUGACGCGUCUACUGUCGCAGUGUCACGUCUGGUGGUCGGCGGAGAGCGAUAUGGUGUACCGCUGCACGCUGCUUGCCGUGCUCUACGUGAUGCCGCUGCUGCUGAUGUCGGGCACUUACACACUGAUCGCGCAGUGCCUCUGGUCGAAUACGAUACCCGGCGCGCAGCAAGGCGCAGUGUAUAAGGCGCAAGACCAGAAGAUGUCGCUGAAGUCGAAAGGGACCUCAGCGGUCGAGCCAGCAGCUGUUGGGCGCGACGCAGGCCCUAAAUGUCCGCUGUCGUCAUCUUCUUCGGAGUCUGCACUUACCUGGCCGGUACACAUUGCUGCGCGUGUUCAAGUGAAGUAA